AUGGAGUCAUCUACAUCACCUCCAAAUUCGAUCCAGAAUCCUAUUCGCGGGACCACAAUAAACACCUCGGCAGGUCAACUCGGUCUUUCGAAUUCGCAAGCACAUCCACAAGCACACCCACAAUCCACAAUGAGCGAGUCCCACGAUUCAAGCGACGAAUCCGAUGGCGGAAAGGGAAUACUCAAGCGUACCGUCGAGAAGAUAGGAAGGAAUACUUCCCUCACUCGUUCCAAGCGACACCCAGACACAGACUCACGCGCCCAUCGACGUCUCUUCAGCUUGAGCCGCCACAAGGGCAAAGAUAGAGCCGCCGACGAGUUCGCUGGUAUGCUUGGAGGCCAUGCAGCUGGAGGUGGAUCCAGUGAUGCAGAUGUUUCCAUUCAGAAAUCCAGGACGCCCACCAAUAAGAGCCCAAAGUCAUCUCCCCGUGUCCCUAGAAUGGCAGCUACAACAUCGGAUCUUCGACGCAACAAGAAUCAGGCUUCCGACUCUCGUCCCUCUUUGUCAAUCAUGGGGCUAGGCAAGCAAGAUGAGUUUGGCAUAGGCUCGAUGAGAAUGGGUACUCAAGCACUAAUCCAAGCCCUUCAAGCUAUGCCAUGGGACGACGACCGUGACGAGGAUGGCCCAGAAUCCGCCGCGAAACGGGACCGUGGGAAGGCCCGUCGAGAGCCUGUUUCUCCAGACUCUAAUUUUGUGCUUGCUUCUUCGAUUCACACUAUCCAUCGGCCCGUUGCCCAUUCCCGUUUAGCCACUCCAUCAUUUAACCAAAGCAUCCACUAUGGCAUCAACCCUCCACUCGAAGUCGCCGAGGAUUACUUUUCAAACCCGCUUUCUGCCGAUGAGGAUGACGCUCUGCGCGACUUUGAUGAUGCCACGGCUCCAGAAGGUCUCCCCAACCCGUUCAAGGAUCCAUCUCAGAUGAGACUACAGCUUCCCGCCGAUAAACUGCCCAAGACGGAAGGCAAGAGGCGAAUGCCACCGACAGUACGGACCGCCAGUAUGGCCACUGUACGGAUGAAGAGACGGACCAAACUUGCAGAAAAGCUGAAGGAAGUAUUUGGUAUCCCUGAGAUCAAGGAGGUUGUCGCGGAGAUGCCCUGUUGGCUCUUACGGUCGGUCUUGCUUCAGGGAUAUAUGUACCUCACCAAUACACAUCUCUGCUUUUUUGCUCACAUGCCGACACGAGAGGACCAAGUUCUCAAGUCUGGCACCAUGUCCAAGAAGGCCCAAAGGACCAAGCGGUGGAACAAGCACUGGUUUGUGUUGAAGAACGACGUCUUGAGCUGGUACCAGUCUUCAUCUGACCCAUAUUUCCCGCAUGGAAACAUUGAUCUUCGAUACGCCAUAUCGUGCGACGCUCAUCGCGAGAAAGGCAUUCGUCUGCGUACCAAUCAGAAAACGAUAACCCUCCAAGCUGAUUCUGUACCCAGUCGCGACGAAUGGGUCAUCUUCAAGGCCCAGAACAUGGGCGAAAGCGUGAAGAUUGCCAUUCCAUACUCGGUCAUUGACGGUGUGGAGAGAUCGAGCGCCAUGGAUUUCAGCGAAACAAUUGAGGUCAAGGUCAUCGAUAAGGAAGAGAACUACGCCUUGGAUUCGUACUUUUUCGCCUACUUCCGCGACUUGCCCGCAGCCCUUGCACAGAUUCAACAAGUCCUCUCUGAUUAUCAAGAUACGACUCCUGCGGUUGAAGUACAUCUGACAGAUACCACGCAGAUAAACCGUAGUCCCCAACAGCUCCACCUUGAUAGGACCACAUCCGCACCAGCGAGCUCUCACCAGAACGAUUCGACCAGUGGCUUUCGCAUCUCCUCUUUGCUUAGUCUGCGUCCGUUUUCUACGACCUCAGGAAACGAGGAGAUACACAAGGGUUCAUCUUUGGUUGAGUCACAAGGCGGCGAAAGUGUGCCGAUUCAACGUGAUACUAUAAAUUCGGAAAGUGCAGCCCCUGGCACAUCCUCUGUUUUAUCUGAAGUAUCUGUGCACACAUACCCCCCCUCUCCCUCCAAUCAAGCCCCGCCUAGCACCCAUUCUAAUCGAACAUCCAUAUCAAGCAAUUGGAGCGUUCCUGGCUAUAAUUGGUUGCGAGGAAAACGCAUCUUUAGUACACCAUCGAGCAACGAGUGGGGCUCGCGAUCCACAGAAGGCAACGUGUCUGAAAUAAUCUCGAGCCCUCGUCUUGACCAAAGCGAGCUCUCCGUUUCAUCGGAUGGCCAUAACCUUGGUUUCUCUAUACUCGAGGCUGCUGAAGAUGGUAAACUUGCCGAUGCUGGUUUGGAGGAGAAAUUCCGCAGCACCUUUGCUCUCGACGACAAGGAAGCACUACUAGGCUGUAUCCCCGGUUCGCUCUUCCGAGUUCUCCCAGUAUACGGACGGCUCUAUGUAUCUACGAAUUACUUUUGUUUUAGAUCGUCCCAACCCCUGACGCGCACCAGGAUGAUGAUACCUAUUCGAGACAUCCUUUCCACCGAGAAACAGAAGCCGUUCCGGUUCGGUCAACACGGUCUCGUGGUUGUCAUUAAAGGGCACGAAGAACUGUUUUUCGAAUUUGGUUCGUCCGAGCGUCGGGAUACAUGCCGCAGUUUGCUCGAAAUGCAAAAGGAAACAUUGGAGAAACAAGCACUUAGCCCAAUCUCGCCCACUCCUACCCAGGGCAAACGCGAUGCGCUCAUCUUAGAGGAACUCGAGCCAAGCAUGCUUAUCAGCGAUGAUGAUCCUCGACCAGCGCCUGAAGUGCUCGCGAGUGAUGCACCGGUUAUGUUUGCAUCGACGAGCUCGACGUUGCUCACAUUCAAACCUGAGAAACCUAUGCAUUUUACGUGUCUGACAAUCGGAAGCCGAGGAGAUGUGCAACCUUAUAUUGCCCUUUGUAAGGGGCUGCAAGCGGAUGGGCAUAAAGUUCGGAUCGCUACCCACAAAGAAUUUCAAUCGUGGAUCGAAGGAACAUUUGCUACAGCAUGGAAUCGAGUUCGCUUUGGUUGGCGGGACCCCGCAGAGCUUAUGCGCAUUUGUGUCGAGAAUGGAAUGUUUACAGUUUCGUUCUUGAGGGAAGGAGUGCAAAAGUUCCGAGGCUGGAUCGACGACUUGCUCGAGACCUCGUGGCUGGCCUGUCAAGGGACUGAUGUUUUGAUUGAGAGUCCUAGUGCGAUGGCAGGGAUUCAUAUCGCAGAGGCUCUAAAGAUACCAUAUUUCCGUGCAUUUACCAUGCCGUGGACUCGUACUCGUGCAUACCCACAUGCUUUCGCCGUCCCAGAGCGUAAGAUGGGCGGCAGCUAUAAUUAUAUGACAUAUGUUAUGUUUGACCAAGUAUUCUGGCGAGGCAUUUCUGGACAAGUUAACCGCUGGCGUAGACAUACUUUAAGACUGCCUUCGACCAAUCUAGACAAACUUGAGCAACACAAGGUACCUUUCUUGUACAAUUUCAGUCCUACCGUUGUUCCGCCUCCAUUGGACUGGUACGAGUGGAUACGAUACUGGUUCCUCGAUGAUCCGGAAGACUCUUCGGCGAAGAAAUGGACGCCUCCUCCUGACUUGGUCAAGUUUAUGGAUAACGCAAGGCGUGGGGGAAAGAAGAUAGUCUACAUUGGGUUUGGAAGUAUUGUAGUCUCUGACCCAGAUGCCAUGACACAAUGCGUCGUCGAGGCCAUCAAGCUCAGCGGUGUCCAUGCGAUUCUUAGCAAAGGAUGGUCCGACCGACUGAGCACCAAGAAGUCGAGUACCGAAACUCCACCGACAUACCCACCUCAGAUCUACCCAAUUUCAUCUGUGCCGCACGAUUGGCUGUUUGAGAGGAUCGACGCCGCAUGCCAUCACGGAGGCGCAGGCACAACUGGCGCAAGUUUACGUGCUGGUAUUCCGACGAUCAUCAAGCCCUUUUUCGGAGAUCAAUUCUUUUGGAGCGAUCGAGUUGAAGCGCUGGGCAUUGGGUCCAGCGUACGCAAGCUUACGGUUGAGAAUCUCACGGCGGCGCUACGUGCUGCGACGACAGACGUGAAACAGAUAGAGCGCGCCAAGUUGGUUGGGCAGUCAAUUCGUGCGGAGAACGGGGUGCGCACAGCCAUCGAGGCUAUCUAUCGCGAUCUGGGUUACGCAACGGAGCUGUUCCGGAAAGACACGCAAGUGGACUUAGAUGCCGACGGAAGCGAGGAUGAGACUAUCCAAGAGUCCAAGACCCCUGCGGCCCGACGCUCAUCACUUGACCCGGUAAUGAUAGGUUCUGAUAGUUCAUGCGGGUCUGGAAGGGGGAAUGGCGAAGACUCGAGCUGGAGCGUGAUUUCUGAUCAUCCACCCCCAGAACGUGUGAGGGUCGAGAGCAUCGGGUCCGACAAACGCCCAAGCGGAGAGUCUGGGGAUGAUAGUAUUAGUGAGGCGGGAACACCGAACGCAGACCAGACACAGCAAACUCAGGCAUCGGGGUCGCGUGGUCUGUCGGGUCUUCCCGCAAUUGGCCUUGCACUGCUGCAAGAAACGUUGACAGCAUACAGCCCCUCGGCGCGUGGUGAGCCGAACGGGAAGCAAUGA